CCAGAGUAGGCUAGUGCGUGUAUAUGAAGAGCCCAAGAGCCUCUUCACCAACACAUCCGACCUAGCUAGCAACAUACAGAUACGUACGUCGAGUGAGCCAAGGGAGGACGAAGCAUGGACAAGAACGGCGGCGUCAAGGUCACCUACAUCGAGACGCUGUUCGUCACCUCCGACGCCACCAGCUUCAAGGGCCUCGUGCAGCGCCUCACCGGAAGGUCCGGCGCCGCGCCCGUCCCGGCCGCUCUGCACAGGCCGCAGCCACCCCGCGCCGGCGCCGGCGCCGGCGCCGACUCCGGGAGGAGCGCUGCUGCGCCGCAAGCUGGUUAUUACUCAGUGGCGCCACCGUGCCUGGAGGACCUGCACGAGAUGGGCGACUUCUCCGACCUGCUCUACGCCACUGCCAGCGAACGGCGCCAUGGGCACAAUGGCGGCUACAGCGAAUUCCCAUAUUGAUCGACGGCCAUCAGCGAUUUCAUUUUUAGAAUAGUGUGUCGUCUGUACUUCUACCCAUGUUAGAGAAUAUAUAUAUAAUCUUUUUUGUAAAUUUUGGAACUAAGCGAUAUUUUUGGUUUUGAUGAAAUACUCUCCCAGUCUGAAACUGGAGUGC